ACGUAUUUUUCCUAUGCCCGGUCAGUGCAUUCUGGUUGUGAAGGCUGAGUCCUAGAGAUCGAGUCGGCUUUCUACUCGGCUCUCUCGGAACCUAGCAAAGAAAGACAGUGAAGACUGCAGGACCUUCCUCCACGCUUUUGUUACAAUCCAUGACCCCUGUCGUGGGACGGGCGGCCUCUCGCGGAGGUGUCUGCCGGGGCUGGGCUCUUACCGAGGCCUCCACACACGCCCUCUUGUCCUUGUCUCCCCCGUAGGCAGCCGCCUUAGUCUUGUGAGCGUUUUUACACCGGGUAGACUGAGACUUGGAGUGCUACGCUCAGCCCGAGGGCGUCCAGCGCGGUGGAUGCGUGGGGUUUCGGCUGAGCCCACAGGGCACAGCCUGUCCAUCCCCUUCUCACGUUCACCCGCUUCUCAUGGCAGCGGCGGUGCUGAUGGACCAGGUUCAGAGGCAUCGUCUGGACACCAGGAGAACUGGUUGGUAGGAGAGUAUUUGGGACCCUUCAUGCCACACCCAGAGUUGAGACAGCAUCUGUCUGCACACUUGCCUGGUUCUGCUCUGGGCUGGACACAGUGGUGACAGCGACAUGAGGAGAGAGCAGACGCUAGUGGUGCCAAGAGUUGUGUGACCUUCGAGGAUGUGUUCGUGUACUUCUCUCGGGAGGAGUGGGAGCUCCUUGAGGAGGCACAGAGAUUCCUGUACCGUGAUGUGAUGCUGGAGAACUUUGCACUUGUGGCUACACUAGGUUUUUGGUGUGAAGCAGAAAAUGAGGCACCUUCUGAGCAGAGCGUUUCUGUAGAAGGAGUGUCACAGGUCAGGACUACUGAGCCAGGUCUCUUCCAGAAAGCACACCCGUGUGAGAUGUGUGACCCACUCUUGAAAGACAUUUUGCACCUGGCCGAACACCAGGGAUCACACCUUACACAGAAACUGUGCACACGUGGGCUGUGUAGGAGAAGAUUCUCAUUCAGUGCAAACUUUUACCAGCACCAGAAGCAACAUAAUGGAGAGAAUUGCUUCAGAGGGGAUGAUGGAGGGGCCUCAUUUGUGAAGAGCUGUACAGUCCGCAUGUUAGGGAGAUCCUUUAUGUGCAGGGAGGAAGGGAUGGACUUACCAGAUGGCUCUGGCCUUUUCCAGGACCAGACCACUUACAAUAGGGUGAGUCCAUGCAGAAGGACUGAAUGCGUGGAGUCUUUCCCACACAGCUCCAGUCUCAGGCAACACCAAGGAGACUAUGAUGGACAGAUGCUUUUCAGUUGCGGUGAUGAAGGGAAUGCCUUCCUGGACACCUUUACUCUUCUUGACAGCCAGAUAACUCAUGCUGAGGUGAGACCCUUUAGAUGCCUACCAUGUGGAAAUGUGUUCAAGGAGAAAUCAGCUCUUAUUAAUCACAGAAAAAUCCACAGUGGAGAAACAUCUCAUGUGUGUAAGGAGUGUGGAAAAGCCUUCAUUCACUUGCACCACCUAAAAAUGCACCAGAAAUUUCACACUGGAAAAAGACAUUAUACAUGCAGCGAAUGUGGGAAGGCCUUCAGCCGCAAGGACACACUUGUUCAGCACCAGAGAGUUCACACUGGAGAAAGAUCUUAUGACUGCAGUGAAUGUGGAAAAGCCUACAGCAGAAGCUCCCACCUUGUUCAGCACCAGAGAAUUCACACAGGAGAAAGGCCUUAUAAGUGCAAUGAAUGUGGGAAAGCCUUUAGCCGUAAAGACACACUUGUUCAGCACCAGAGAUUUCAUACUGGAGAAAGGCCUUAUGAGUGCAGUGAAUGUGGAAAAUUCUUUAGCCAAAGCUCCCACCUUAUUGAGCAUUGGAGAAUUCAUACCGGGGCAAGGCCUUAUGAAUGCAUAGAAUGUGGAAAAUUCUUUAGCCAUAACUCUAGCCUCAUUAAACAUCGGAGAGUCCACACAGGAGCAAGGUCCUACGUAUGCAGCAAAUGUGGGAAGGCCUUUGGCUGCAAAGACACACUUGUUCAGCACCAGAUAAUUCACACUGGAGCAAGACCUUAUGAGUGCAGUGAAUGUGGAAAGGCCUUCAGCCGUAAAGACACACUUGUGCAACACCAAAAAAUCCACACUGGAGAAAGGCCUUAUGAGUGUGGUGAAUGUGGCAAAUUCUUUAGCCAUAGCUCCAACCUUAUUGUACACCAGAGAAUUCACACUGGAGCAAAGCCUUAUGAGUGCAAUGAAUGUGGGAAAUGCUUUAGCCACAACUCCAGCCUCAUUCUGCACCAGAGAGUUCACACAGGAGCAAGGCCUUAUGUGUGCAGUGAAUGUGGGAAGGCUUACAUUAGUAGCUCCCACCUUGUUCAACACAAGAAAGUUCACACUGGAGCAAGACCUUAUGAGUGCAGUGAAUGUGGGAAAUUCUUUAGCCGCAACUCUGGCCUCAUUCUGCACCAGAGGGUUCACACUGGAGAAAAGCCUUACGUAUGCAAUGAAUGUGGGAAAGCCUACAGCAGAAGCUCCCAUCUUGUUCGUCACCAGAAAGCUCACACUGGAGAAAGAGCUCAUGAGUGCAACAGUUUUGGUGACCCUUUAGCUGCAUCUCUUAAACUUGUUUAACACCAGAAAAUUCACACAAGAGAAAGGCCUUAUGAAUGCAGAAAAUAUGUCAUCUUGUUCAUCCUCAUAGGACUCACACCAGAGCAAUGCUCUGUGAGUACCCUUUGUGAGAGAACCAUCAGCUAGCAGAUGAGCACUGUAUAUUCAUUCCACCCUGGGGAGAUUCCUGAUAAGCACCACAUACGUGGGAGGCUUUCAUGAGGCAUGUUGCACUUUGUAACUGUCUAGAGCUCUUGAUGGAAUUAUAUCACUGCCAGUGCCUGUGGCGGAAGCCAUCUUAUUGCUACCAGCUGUGUGUGUCAAUCACUCCAUUUUGCUCAGGGAAGGCAGACUUCUGUGCUUUCUUUCCUGUUCCCUACAGGUAAUCAUGAAUAUUUUCAAGGACUUCCCCCACCCCACUUCACCCCCUACCACUGAGAGUCCUCAUCUUUUCCCUCAUGAUUAGGUUCUGAGCAAACAUGAGCUAGCUCUCGCCAAAAGGACCUGAGCUAGGGUCUGCUGGGAUUUCCUGACACGAUUUUCCAUCUUCAUGGACAAUGUUAACUGUAAACGUGAUAGCUGUGACUUACUUGUCUUACUGCCAAAUCGCCCAAAUUUGGAACUGCUUGUCCCAUGCUGCUCUGGUUUAUACAGUGAUAAAGGCCUAUUGUGGCAGCCUUUACUCUUGGGGAUUUUGUUACUGUGUAGAGUGGAUUGAGAAAAGAAUUGGGUUCUGUCAUGAAGGGAGUAGCACCUUUUGUGGGCACCUCUUUUAUGUGCCUCAGAGGGGACCAAAGGAUGGCAGAAAACAGUUCUCAGUCUAGUUCGACCUAAUUUACACCAUUGCCCUAGGCUUGCUAGGAAAGACUGAAAAAAUUUUUGUGCCUAACUUUGUGGCCUGGCUGCCAGGAUUUCCUGUGAGCCCAGUGAGGAGGGCAUAGUUAGUGUGAAAAUCUCCUGUGCUUCUGGAAGCAACGUAAGUUGGGUCCCGUAACUGUCACGUACUCCCCAGCACUGUUGAGGGAUUGCUGUCUUCUGUACCUGUACAGGAUCAAGUCCCUGAUAUCCAGAAUCCCACAGGCAAGUAACAUUGACUGUAAGACCUGUAUAGGGCAAUGUGAAAAUCAUGAUUGCUACAGAAACACUGAGAUAAUGGAGUGGGGAUGACUGUGGCAAACAAAAGGAGAUUCGAACAUUCUAGAGGGGCAUCCACAAAUCUCGGUGCAGUUAUGGUGGUGUGGGAUGGGAGUGCAUAGAAAUUCUCAGGACCUUCAGACAUCUGUAUCUCCUGUGGCCAAGGCCACUGUCAGAGGAAAUAAUCUAAAUGUUUGUGGAUUCCUGUGUCUCCCUGGGCAGUUGACCUGCACAGACAGGAACCUCAGCAGUGACAGAAGAGAGAUCCAGGGAUGGGUCUUCUCUGACCCAGCCAGCAUUCCUAGUGACUGAGGUCGAUGUGGACAUCAUUGCUUACCAAUUUUUACCAACAUUGAGGCAGGGCUCACUCUCCUAAAUUGUAGGGAGAGGAAUAUGGUAGAGCCAAAAUAGUUGACAGAUCUAACUUUCCUAGUGGAACAGUAUAUAUAGGUUUUAAUGAGGAACAUUUAUUUAACAGCUUUAUGGAGGUAUGAUUAACAUGCAAUAAACUGGAAAUAUGUAAAGUGUAAAAUGUGCUAUGUUUCAGCAUGUGUGUACACCUAUGAAACCACCACAGUCAAGAUAUCCAACACAACAAAAGAUUGUCCCUUUAUAAUCCUCAAUCUUUCCUCAUCUUGUUUUCCACAAUUCACAAGCAACAGCAAGCAUUUUCUAUAAUUUUAUAAAUGAAACCAUAUGGUGUGUACUUUUUAGGGGGUGGGGCUCUGGCUUUUUCAGUAAACAUAACUAUUUUAAGGUUAAUCCAUUAUCUUGUUGCAUGAGUCAAUUGUUUGCUCAUUUGUAUUGCUGAGUAGUAUUUCAUUGUAUACCACAAUUUUUCUUUGUCAACUUAAUUGUUAUGGAUGUUUGGGUAACUUUCAGUUUUUGGCUAUUACAAAUAAACCUCUUAACAUUUGUGUGCAAA